UGGUGAAUUGUAGUUCAACUUCUAUCUCUCUUUUUUUCUUUAAAUUCUUACCAUUUCUCAAUGGUUUUCUUUUCCACAAUACAUUUCCUUCACCAAACCAUGUGCAUUUUCUUACCUCACAAUAUCCUUUGUUAAUUUCUUCAAGCUAAUGAUCCAAUCAAACUAUAUAGAUAUGAAUGAACUUUGUAUUUUCAUCUUUAAUUUGUUCACAAUUCCAUCAACUAUGGCUCUCUUUUUCUUGCAUUUUGCUAGAGUCCCCCUUUCGGCUAUUCUCCUCUUCUACCUUCUCACUUAUGGAAAAUGUGAUGAUUUUGAGAGCGGUUCAACGGGUAGUUCAGUAGGUUUUGAGGACCCGCCUGAGAUUGUUGCCAAAGCAUUGCUAUGCUUUAAUGACAGAUAUAUAUACAGCGCGUGUGAAGAAUCGUAUAGAUUAAAGGAGAGUGGGAAUCUUGAAGUACCACUAGAGAAAACGGAGGAAUAUUGCAACGGACCGUGUUUGAGUGAAACGGAGUUGGUGUUGGAUUGCAUUAGUGGCAUUUUUAGCAACUUCUUGUUUUACAAUAGAGCCACCUUGCAAGAUGUUAGGGAUACGGUCCACGCUGGAUGUGGCUAUGGCCCACAAAGAGGAAACUUUGAUGUUUUGGAGCAUAUAAAUGCAGAAAGAGGCAAUGCUUGUAGGGCUUCCAACAUGGCAGCUCUUGGAUUUUCCUUUUUCAUUUUAGCCCUUCUUAGCUUAUUGCUUUGAAAACCUUCAUUUUCUCACUAUGGACAUUCUAUUAACAUGGCUUCCAUUAAUUAUUCAAACAUAGUGUAUGAAAGAAAAUAUAUUUAGUUUA